GUGUUGUGCAGAACAACGAAAACAUGUCUGGAGACGUGGAAAUUCUAACUACAUUGAAAAUACUAAUCAUUGGAGAAAGCAAUGUUGGAAAAUCUAGUCUCCUUCUCAGGUUUACUGAUGACAAGUUUGACCCCAACCUCCCAUCAACAAUUGGUGUUGAUUUCAAGACAAAAACUUUGAACUUAGAUGGAAAUGCAGUUCGCCUUGCAAUAUGGGUAAGGAAUCUCUCUCUUGAUUCUGCAUGCAGACUGAAAUUUUUCUCUGAUGUUACAUCAAGAAACACUUUCUCCCGUCUGGAAGCAUGGCUUAAUGAGCUGGAGACAUAUUCCACGAGGACAGAUGUUGUCAAAAUGCUUGUUGGCAACAAAAUUGAUAAGAAGCUUAUACCUGUGAUGAAGAAACUUUAUGAGAAGACAGCUGACUCCAAAUUCAUACUUGAAAUUCAGAGGAGAGGAAUUAAGAGGUACAGCUACGUCCGGACCAGGGAUGGACAGCCUCCCGCUGCCCAUACCCAAGGAGCAGGGGAUCAUCCCGUGGGAUCAACCCAUAGAAGUCCCGCGGCGGACAUCCAAGGGAAACACGAGGGGCUUCAAUACGUCGGUAUUCCUCAC